AUGGCGAACAAGAUGGACACGACAUACGAUUACUCGGUGGUGCACCCUGGAGCUAAUCUGAACAUGAUCGUUGGAGCCAACGGAACUGGCAAGUCCAGCAUCGUGUGUGCCAUCUGUCUGGGUCUGGCCGGCAAGGCCGCCAUCCUGGGCCGAGGCGACAAGGUUGGGCUCUAUGUCAAACGCGGCUGCAAUAAAGGAUUCGUUGAGAUCGAACUGUACAAGACUGAGGGUAAUGUAGUGAUACACAGAGAGAUCCAUGUGGAGAACAACCAGUCACUGUGGAUGCUCGAUGGAAAGAUCUGCAGCCAGAAAGCAGUGGAAGAAGUUGUCAAGGCUCUGCAAAUCCAAGUCAGCAACCUCUGCCAGUUUCUGCCUCAGGAAAAAGUUUGGAGAGUUUGCAAAAUGUCCAAGAUUGAGGUUGCUGGAGCAAGCAGAGAAAACAUUGUGAAGGAGGGGAAGGCCAGUUUCCUGGAGAAGGCCAAGCAGAGGAAUGAGAGGAACAAACAUGAUGUGAAGCUGUCUACUACGAAAAGAAGAGACCACCUGGACAAGCGACGCGCGCCCAUGCUGAAGGAAGAUCAAGCUGAUGAAACCAGUCUGAACCCUCUGAGGCCCAAUAUAAAGGGUCAGACUGAUGCCAUCAAAGAAGCCUCUUUGAAGUGCAAGCAGAAAAAGGAUCAGUUGGAUCGAAAAAACAAAGAGAUUGAAAAUAUUAAACAAACACAAAAGAUUAAGCAGUUUGAAGCGGCAGACCACCAGAAGGGAAUCAGCAACACCAGGAGGACCAUUGACGCCUUUAAGGCAGAGCUCGCCAAAGUUACAGACCAACCCGACGUGAUGCCGCAGAUCAACGCCGUCAAUAUCGAGCUGAGGCAAAUCCGAGAGCAGAGAGCCCAGAUCGAAGGGGAGAAGUCCGACCUACGCAGGGACAAGGACAACCUCCAUGCUGAAACAAAAAUGUUGGAAAGAAAGCUCAGGGACAUGAACAACAUGAUGAAUGUCAAAGAGGAGAAGCUGAGAGGACGCCACAGGGACUCACACGCUGCCCUCCAGUGGCUCAGACGGAACAGACAAGUCUUUGAAGGGAAUGUCCAUGAGCCAAUGAUGCUGGUCAUCAAUGUGAAAGAUCCUCGCUUUGCCAAGUAUGUGGAGAACCACAUCUCCUUCGCGGACCUGCGGGCUUUUGUCUUCCAGAGAAAGGGCGACAUGGAGAAGUUCAUGAAAGAGGUCCGUGACAAGAUGAACCUGAGGGUGAACGCCAUUUGUGCUCCAGAGGUGUCGUGUUCUAAUAAACAGUCGUCAAGAAAUAUUGAGUCCCUAAAGCAUUUUGGGUUCUUCGCCUACCUUCGGGAGAUGUUUGACGCGCCUGAUGAGGUGAUGAGUUACCUCUGCCAACAGUACAAGGUGCACGACGUCCCGGUGGGCAAUGAACAAACUAAAGCCAUGAUCAAAAGGGUGAUUGAGGAGCCCUACCUCAAGGUGUUGUACACAACAGAGGAGAGGUACACAUUGAAGAGGUCCCAUUACUCAAACUCGAUCAGCACCAGUAACUCUGCAGUGUACCCCUCUCAGUACCUCUCCAUCACUGUGGACGCUAAAGAGAAGCUGCAGCUGGAGCAGCAGAUGAAGGAAUGUGAGUCCAAGUUACGGGACAUUGAUGAGCGGCUGAAGGCCUUGCAGGCAGAAGCCGUCACACUGGAUCGGCGUGACAACGAGCUAUUGGCCGAGAAGAAGAGCCUCUCUGAAGUGAAAGGCAAAAGGAGACAACUGGAGCAGAAAAUCAGUUCCAAACAGGACAGUCUGAGGCAGAUGGAGCAGAACGUCAUUGACCUGCAGACGAUUGAAGUUAAGACAAAAGAGAAAGUUGCAGCUGUCAAUCAGCAGAAAGUUUCCCUAGUCGCAGGGAUUAUGGAGCAAAUGAAGCUGAAGGUGAAGCUGACCAUGGAGAAGGUGUACCUGACUCUGGAGACGGUGGGGCUGAUGGCGCAGAAGAGCAAGUUGGAGAAUGAUUGUAGAGAAAGCGCCUCUGAACUCCAGACCACUGAUCAAACAUGUAUCCGUCUGGAGCAAAGGAAGGUUCAGCUGACAGAACUGUGCAAAGGCCUGAUGAAGAAAGCCAAGUCAAUCUGCAGGAUGCAGCAUGACGAGUCCUUACCAGAAGAGCUGCAUAAGGCUUUCAGUACACUGCCUGACACGCUGGACGAUAUCGACACCAUGCUGAACGAGGAGCGGUCCAGAGCGGAGUGCUUCACUGGCCUCAGUGAAAAUGUAAGAGCACAGAAAAAUUGUAAUUGUCACCCCAUUAAAAGCUCUCUUUCCUAUCAGGAGGAGUACGACAAGUAUGGGAUCAGAAUCCGUGUGAAGUUCCACAGCAGCACUCAGCUCCACGAGCUGACGGCGUACCAUCAGAGCGGAGGAGAGCGCAGCGUCUCCACCAUGCUGUACCUCAUGGCCCUGCAGGAGCUCAACCGCUGCCCCUUCAGGGUGGUGGACGAGAUCAACCAGGGAAUGGAUCCUGUAAAUGAGAGAAGAGUCUUUGACAUUGUGGUCCGCACGGCCUGCAAAGAGACGACAUCGCAGUACUUUUUCAUUACACCCAAACUGUUGCCGAAUCUUCAGUACGCUGAUGAGAUGACCGUCCUUUGUGUCCAUAACGGCAGCCAAAUGCUUCCUCCCAACCUAUGGGACGAGAAGGCCUUCAUCAGGCGCGCUCUCAGACGACAAGCUAAGCCAUGAAUCCAUCCCCGGACGUGACCUACAUGAUUACAACUGUUUCCUGUUCAAUGAGUUCCAAAUAUACAGCUGAAAAAAUAAAUAGGUUAAUCAUUUAUUGAAGUAUAUUAAGGUUUAAUUGUUUUGUGGAACGUUAGAUAUUGUUGUCAAGGAGUCAAUUGCACAUUUUCUUUUCUCAAUAUACCUCCGUUUAAUCCAUUCCUCAAGAGUUGACAUGGGAGUUUUGUAUAUUUGUAUAAAAUAUUCAGCUGUUUCAGGCUUUUUGUUUAUGUUUGAAUAAAUUAAGAAUGUUCUUUAAAUGUUGAAGGUAAAAUAAAAGAUGCACGUUUUUGCCACAUUA